UUGAAAUUUAGAGAUUCACGCACCAAAAUAUGUUUGUAGGCAAGGAACCAGUAAUUAAUUUUCUAUAUUGUGAUCAUAUUAUUGAUGAGAGAAAUACUUCCAUAAAAUUGAUUCUUAUUAUUUCUAGAUGUCAUCUCUGUUGCCAACAUGCAAUAUAGGUCAAUUGUUUACUAAUACCUCGACAAAUACACGCGGUAACAUACUUAUCCACUCUGCUUCAGUAAAUCAUGAUUAUAGUGGUAUUAAUAAUACUUUUUUACAGACUUCUAGAUUUUGUGCACCAGCCAUCCCAUCCAUAACUUCAUUCACAGACUUUGCAAGUUACCCUGAAAUUUAUGCUCAUGCAACUUAUCAUUAUAAAGACAAACAGAAUCUAAUCUUCACAAAACCUAUUACUACAACUUUCCACACCAACUUAUCUUCAUCUUGUUUGUUAACUUCUCGAAUAUGUUCCUCCUCGUCGUCUUCGUCGUCAUCUUCAAAUAUGAGCUGUGCGAUGCAUGCAGACGUACAGACACUUAAAAAUUAUAAAGAAUCAUCUGUUAUUACUUCAGUCAAUAGUAGCUGCCCAAUUGUACAUCAACAGCAUCACCGAAAAUAGCAGCAAUAACUAUCUGCUGACGUAAAGUAAUUUAAUACAUUCAUUGUCGUUACAAUUAUACACGAAUUUAUGAGUGUUUUUCCUAACUUUAAAUAAAGAUACAUGUACCUGUGAGAUAUAUAUUACUUUUUUCAUGAAAAUAGCGUUGUAUUAAAAGAGAGAGGUUUCAUUAUUGCUUGCUUUUUUAUUGGUUAUUCUUCUGAUACCUGUUAUACAGUUAGUAAAUUCCCCUAAAGUUGGCAAAUGUCUCAAGUUGUUCGCGUU